UCGGGGUGAGUUCGUGUUCUCUCUUGUGUUUUCGCCUAGGCCUAGGGAGAUCCAGGAGGGAGCUAGGCCGCGUCCGCUUGCUCUGGCCACCGUUUGCUCACAAAGGCGCCGACCCGAGACCAGGGGCGAGGAGAGCGGCCGCCGCUCGGGAGCAGCGCGGAGACGCACCGUGCGCCCUAUGCCCCCGAGUCCCCCACCGCCCCCGCCGCGGCAGCCCGAGCACUACGAGGGAACGCGCGCCAUCCCGGGACCUGGGUGCAGCUAGCGACCCUUGUCCCCAGCGCGCAGCCCGAGGUGAGCAGUGAGCGGCGAGCGGGACGGCAGCGAGGCGUUCGCGGGGCCCCUCCUGCUGCCCGGGCCCGGCCCGCUUAUGGCGGCCAUCCGCAAGAAGCUGGUGGUGGUGGGCGACGGCGCGUGCGGCAAGACGUGCCUGCUGAUUGUGUUCAGUAAGGACGAGUUCCCCGAGGUGUACGUGCCCACAGUCUUCGAGAACUAUGUGGCCGACAUCGAGGUGGACGGCAAGCAGGUGGAGCUGGCGCUGUGGGACACGGCGGGGCAGGAGGACUACGACCGCCUGCGGCCGCUCUCCUACCCGGACACCGACGUGAUCCUCAUGUGCUUUUCGGUGGACAGCCCGGAUUCGCUGGAGAACAUCCCCGAGAAGUGGGUGCCCGAGGUGAAGCACUUCUGCCCCAACGUGCCCAUCAUCCUCGUGGCCAACAAGAAAGACCUGCGCAGCGAUGAGCACGUCCGCACAGAGCUGGCCCGCAUGAAGCAGGAACCGGUGCGCACGGAUGACGGCCGCGCUAUGGCCGUGCGCAUCCAAGCCUACGACUACCUCGAGUGCUCGGCCAAGACCAAGGAGGGCGUCCGAGAGGUCUUCGAGACGGCCACGCGCGCCGCGCUGCAGAAGCGCUACGGCUCCCAGAACGGCUGCAUCAACUGCUGCAAGGUGCUAUGAGGGCCGCGCCCGACCCGCCUGCCCCUGCCAGCGCGGCUCCCCAUCCCGGGCCCGUCCCCCACGAGCCCGGAGAAGGGGAGAACCUUGCCCCCCCCAAAGACUCCCACCGGACUGCCUGGCGUCUGCUUUCAGCCCCGGCAGCCGUGGCCUGGAGACUCAGGCUCUGGCACCCGAGAAUCGGCCGCGUGGUAGGCACCCGGCGCCCCCUUUCCAAGUGUCUGUGCGUCCGGCUGUGUGGCACAGGCUUGGCCACCCCACUGAGUGCCAAGGGUCCCCUGAACACCAUUUUCUGAAGAGCCAAGCCUCUUCAGGGUGUGUGGCUGUGUGUAUGUUCGACUCCCCGCUGCCGAGUUUUCACCCCACGCCAGCCCCUGCUCUCCCGACAUGAGCUUGGCGCCGGGGUGCGGCCGCGCCCCAUCGGAUGUGCGUCUGUAACCAGUGAGCGCCUGCUAUGCCCUGUCUGUAACAUAGACCUCGGGACCUGCGGGAGGGGAGGGCUGGGGAGGAUGGGGUGUUAUAUAAAUAUAGAUAUAAUUUUAUUUUCGGAGGUAGGAUGGUGUUAUUUAAUGGUGGUGGUGGGUGGAGUGACAGGGCGCUAGAACAGCUCCAGCCGGGUCUGAGUGAGGCGUCAUCCCAGCACGAACAAGACUUGGCCAUGUUUCCUACCCCUGGGGAAGACAUUUGCAGAUGACUUGGGGCCUGAGAGGACACAGCUUCCAGACUCCUGUCUCCUGCCAGCCAGCCCCCCCACCCCCAACCCCCCGGCGAACCCCUCACUAGCCAUUGAGAAGGAGGGGUGAAGUGUGCUGCAGGUUGUUUUUGCCAUAAGCGAACUUUGUGCCUGUCCUGCAAGUGAAAAUUGUUCAGUCCAAGAAACUGAUGUUAUUUGAUUUAUUUAAAGGCUUAAACUUGUUUUUUUUCUUCUUUUUGGAACGAAUUCUUUGCACAAUUGUUUCAUUGUUUGACAUUUAAUGCACUUGUCAUUUGCAUAAGACAGUAGCAUUCUGACCACACUUGUACGCUGUAACCUCAUCUACUUCUGAUGUUUUUUUAAAAAAUGAUGAUGACUUUUAAAAAACAAGGAGAAGAAAAAGAAACCACUAAUUUUUUUCUUUUGAAAAAAGUGGCAACACUGUUCUAUUUUGCGAUUUUAUUUGUGCACGUAUGGGCACUCUUUUGAUAAAGGGCAGUAACCAGUAUUAGGGCCUAUCUAAAACCUUGUGUUGUUUUUCUUUUCCCUCAAGGCAGUCUCUAAAGCUGUGUGAAAUUUUCUCUGCAUCUCUGUACAGAGAAUAAACCUCCCUCUUGUGUCUCUUUUCUCCCCCUCCCUUCCCCAUCCAGUGGUACUUCUACUAAAUUGUCUUGUUUUUUUAUUUUUUAAAUAAACUGACAAAUGACAAAGUGGUGAGCUUAUGAUGUUUACAUAAAAGUUCUAUAAGCUGUGUAUACAGUUUUUUAUGUAAAAUAUUAAAAAACUAUGAUGAUGAC